AUGUCUUGUCGACGAAAGAAGCGAGCAGUGCUAAUGGCCGAUCGAUCAGGCGAGCAAGAAGAAACUUUGUCGUCUGAGAAAAAGAAAUCCGUUGAAUUCCUCAGUAAUCAGUAUGAUCAAGUCCUGAAGGAACUUGACCAGAUAAAAGCUGAAAUAAAAGAAGUAUCAAAGAAGUAUACAGAAAUUUCAAAUGCUAUAGCGGCGAUAGAAGACUAUAGCUUCAAUUACAAUGUGAAAGUAGUUGGUAUGCCUGUAGUCAGCGAGCAUGAAAGAGCUGACGAAACAGUUGAGAUUUGCCUACGUCUAUUUACAGCUCUAGGUGUAAAAGAUAUUUCUCCCUAUGAUAUUGAUAUUGCCCACCGGGUACCAACGAGAAGAAAUUUCCCGAACAAACCUAAUCCAAUCAUUUGUAAAUUUACCAGACGAAUUUCAAAGGAAAAGGUUAUGGCUGCGCGAAAGAAUGUAUUUAAGAUCUCUCCUAGUGAUGUUGGCUUCCAUGAACAAUUAUCAUUGGAAGGGUUACAACUUUAUGACCACUUAAGUCCUCGGUUGCAAACUCUUUUGCGUGAAGCGAAGUUAUUUAAAGAAGCAAAUGGAUAUAAAUUCUGUUGGGCGAAAAAAGGUUUUAUCUUUCUUCGAGAAUUUGAAAGCUCGCGUGCCUAUCUGAAAGCUCGCGUUCCUUUGAGUUCUGGUGGAGUGGGAAUGUAUAUUGAUAAGUCAUUAAGUUAUGAAGUAACUAGAAAAUACAUGCAUGCAGAAACCCUCGCCUUGCUGACAAAACCAUUGUAUGUUCCGAACAUGAAGUUCUAAAAUAGUUGUCAUGGUAACACGAUAAUUUUUUAAGAAUAUUCUUACAAAUGAAAAAUCGCCUAAAAAUAUCACUUUUAAUUACAAAAUCAUUAAUUUCCCAACAUAUAUAUCUUAGGUAUGUUAUUAUGCGUAAUAUAAGCCUCAAUUUAAGGUAAAAUUCAACCACAAACGCUCCACAAAACGUUUUAAAGUGCUCUUUAACUUAACUACCUUUAAUUAUAAAAUGGGUUUAUCGAUAAACUUUGAGUUUGCAAUAAAAUGAUUUAAAAUUCUCGCUUGCAAAUAACUUUGCUUUCCUAUUUAUUUAAAAAAUUCAAUAUCAUAAAAAAGGGAAUCAAUGGUAAAGAUACACUGAAAUUAUAUGCUGUCUUGUUUAGUUGUUUCAUAUACGCAAAGGCCGUAGGGUUUUAAAUCCAUUAUAAAAUCAAUAUUUAAAACAAACUUACCUUCGUUAACGUCGGCUCCCUUCUUUCUUUGAAAUUUACAAAAUCUUGCAAAAAUGCGAGCAAAAAUGAAAUAUAUUUGCAAUAUUUGCUAUUUCGCUGUCGUCAUGCAGUCGUUAUAAUGCAAACUUUAAAUUGGACCAAUCAGUGUCCGCUAUUCGUGACAGUCCGCCAUAUUUUUUAGUUUUUGAGAUCAGUGAGGAUGACCACCCACCCAACACCGUUGGUGACCCACGGCCGUGAUAUUUGAUGAACGUUAGACUCCGCUAAUGCUUUCGUUUCCCUGGGUGUAAAUAGCCAAGGGGAAUUAGUACCCUCGCAUGGCGCUUUGUGCCGUCGGCUCGGGGAUGGCCAAGGAGUGCGACCUCAGACUUCUGAUAAAUUGAUUGCGCAUGCUCAUGGUAGUCAUGUAGCCGUUGAAGGAGAGAAGGCAAAAAAUAUUAGAUAUUGUUUCCAAGAAAAGGCAGGAAGAUAAACACGAGCGUAUUAGCCAAAGAAGGAAAUGUCAUGCUCCAAAAGGAGCAGAGGCUGAAGGCAAUACGAACAAGGUAAACUAGCAAAACGCCAAAUAUGAUUGUGGUGUUUUGUAACUUGUAUUUUUUAUUAUAAAUUUGCACAAGUUUGAAUCAUCGCACAAAACGUAAAAUUUCUUCUCUGUCUUGCUAUGGAUUAAACUGUGGACAGUGUGUUUUAUGUCAGUUUUAUAUUAUAAAUAUAUUCUAAUAUUCCAGUCGAAUAAAAAUGUACAUGUCCAAAUGGUAUUAGGCACUAGUGUCAAGUGAUACUACUUUUUUUUUCGCCCAAAAAAUGUUUUAAUAAUGGUUACAAAAGUUUACUAAUUUAUUAUUAUAGUAGGGCUAGGGGCCUACUAGAAACCUAUAAGGCUUUUGUUUAAGACCCCUAGACUAUGAUAUAUUUACAGAAACAUCAUUUGUUAUAGACUAAAGAUAAUCAGUUCAUAAUCAGUAGAUACUAAUCAAUUAUAUGUAUACAAAUAGGACAGUUUAUAUCAAUGCAAUUUGCAUUUCAUUUUCAUUUGAUAACAAUUGUUUUUUAAUACAUGUUUUGAAAGAAGUGUAAGAUUUAAUAUUUUUGUAUUUAUUGAAGAGAACAUUCCAAACAUUUAUUCCUUUGUGAGCAAGAGUAUGUUUUGCAUAGUUAGUUCUUUUGAAAGUUUUAUGAAGUUGAGAUGCACUUCUUGUGUUGUGGUCGUGAAUUUCAUAAUUAGCUGUGAAAUAAUUGUUAAAUAUUUCAGGUAGAUUUUCUAAAUGAUUAUAUCGAAACAUAAAUAUUCUAGUGAGAUAGUAAUUUAUUUGUUCAAUGCUUAAUAUUUCUAGAUCUCUAAAAAUUGGUUCAGUGUGUUCGAAAUAAAAUUUAAAUGUUAUUAGUCUCAUUAUCUGUUUUUGGAUGCUUACUAACCUUUGAAUUCUUGUUUUGUAUGUGUUACCCAUAUUAAGUUGCAAUAAGUCAGAUAUGGUAUAGUAUAGUAGCUUUGUAUAGUAGUGCAAUAAGUCAGAUAAGACAUAGUAUAGUAGCUUUUGAGCAUUCAUAUUUAUAUAAUGUCUACUUUUAGAUAUUAUUGCUGUACACUUCAUGAUUUCUUGUGAAUCGUAUCUAAAUCAUGACUCCAUGUUAAGUGUUCGUCAAUGACCACACCCAGAAAUGUAGUUGUUUUAGCUUGUUCAAUAUUUUCAUUGUUUAACAAAAUUGUUGUAUCAUAGUUUUGUUUUUCUUUGACAACCUAAAAACAAUAAACUUUGUUUUUGAGAUAUUUGUUGAAAGUUUAUUGACAUUUAGCCAAUUUGAAAUUUUGUCUAAUUGUAAUUGAAUAGUUUCAUUGAGCGUUUUAAGACACUUAUGACUGUAAGAAAUAGUGGUAUCAUCUGCAAAUAAUAUAAUCGAAAUUAAUUUACUGCAUAAUUGAAAUUAAUUUCAUGUUCCUCAUCAAACCUAUUGCUCCUUUCCCUCCAGGCAUCUAUGUUGACCAAUAUCCCCUCUUCUCACCCCUGACCGCAAACCGCCGCGGACCCAUUACCAUCAUCCUGAAUAACCCCCGAGCAAGUCCUGAGCAUGAAGGUUUACAACCUUGCAUUCCACCUGCUGAGGGCUUGCCACCCUGAACCCCUAACUUCUCCCGUAACCACCCGACAAGGUGCAACCCUUUUCGAGACCCUUAAUUCGAUCAUGAAUAUCCUGUCCACCAACCCAACCUGCUCGGUGGGAUACGUCUCGAGAUAUGCAUUAGGAUGAACAAUCUUUCUGAUGCUGUUACUUACGUAAUCGAAAGGCAAUUGUUCAACCCUGGACAAUUUGGCGUCAAUUGCCAGUACAACAAGGUGCCUGUGAGGAGAUAUAUCAGAUAUGCUGAAGGACUGUUUAGAACCGCCAGAGGGUCGCUAACUCAUUCAGGAGUCAUGAGGCAUGCAGUGGGACGAGAACUGUCCAACCUGGAAAAGAGGAUCUUCGGCGAUCUAAAGUUGCUUCUCGGCUACAGGUUCGCAGGUUAUCGCACCGUUCGUGGACGAGAAAACCCUUGGUGGCACAACGACAACCGGCCAUCCCACCAGCACGCCGGAUCCCUCCUCAGAACCCACCUUUACAACCACCUCAGAACCCACCUCAACAACCACCUCAGAACCCACCUCAACAACCACCUCCCCAACCACCAGCUGCCAACAAUGACGAGGUACCUCUAGCCAUCGUCCGUCAAAACCGAAGACCAGGAGGACAAAGGAGAGUCGACUGGAUAAAUGUCCACAGGUUUUAUUCCAUCAGAUUCCCGGACUCAACAUCAACGAAAGAACAGUUAAAAAACCGGGUCCACACAUUGCAAAGAAGGAAUCCAGCAAUAUUGCUCUGAACUUAUUUUUAAAAAAUUUAUACCUUUAAGUAUAUUGCUCUGAACUUAUUUACAGUCAAACCGGAUGUUCAUUCCUGCGGAAUAUUGCAACAUUGCUGUAAAUCAGAAAAUAUUCAUUGGCUAGUUCGUCGUAGCAAUUACCAAUCAGUUGAGCAAAAUUGCAACUUGUAAUUUCCAAUAUUCUGCGCAAAAUUUAAAUUUCCAUUUGUAAUUAUCCAAAGCAAAGUGCUAAAAUGACGACUCACAUAGCAAAUAAGACUUCUUUACCAACCCGAGGGUGCAUUAUUGCUUUAUGGGCGGAAGGUGAAAGCAAUAACAAUAUUGCUACACGUUUUGGCAUAACUAGGCAUACGGUAUCGAAUAUUGUUGGAAACAUGAUGGAAAGAGGCCAUUUACUACCUGUAAAACCAGGAGGGAAACCUAGAGGGAUAGCCAAACUGAACACAUGAAUUUCAAAAGCUAUCAAAACCAAGGACAUCUGCCGUCGAAAUACAAGCAGCCUUGCUAAACGAUAGGGUAUGUACAGUUGACAAUCUUCCAGCAAAAUCAACAAUUGGGGAUAUAAUCAAAAACGAUCUGAACUAUACAUACAAAAAACUUACAGUAAUACCCAAAGAAUCGCUGACUGAAGUCGUUAGAGAACGUACAUUGCAGUACAUCAUGCAGAUGAGUGAACUUGAUCCUUCACGAGUCCACUUCUUCGAUGAAUUGUCUGUUAAAACGACAACUGGAAAUCGUAUAUAUGGUCAUGCACUAAAAGGUAAACCGGCUGUAGAGGUUAAACGCUACGCUUCCAAUUGCAAUUACACUGUUAACUUGUUGCAAAGUAUAUUUGGAAUAACAAAUUAUGGAAUUUUGAAUGGUGCAUCCAAUGGCCUAGAAAUGUUCGUGGUUUUCAACGAAUCACUUGAUAUAGUCGACGACGUUCUUGCUAACGGAGAUACAGUUGUUAUGGACAACUGUGGCUUUCACCAUGGACGAUUUGCCGAGGCUAAAUUGCGAAGAAUGUUAGAAAACAGAGGAGUGACAAUCUUCCAACCACCGUAUUCUCCUGAAUUCAACACAUGUGAAUUCAGCUUUCGACUCAUGAAAGCUUUCAUGAGAAAACACGAACAUUUUUCAGUAAAUUUUACUGAAAUGACGAUACUACGCGGACUAGAAGAAGUCACACCAGAAAUCUGUCGAAAAUUCUUCAGACAUUGUGGAUUUCUAGUUUAA